UGUGUGUGUGUGUGUGUGUGUGUGUGUGUGACUUCCAGUCCUCUAAAGAUGGAAGCUGUGAUCAUCAAAUUGUAGAAAUGCCGUUGACUUGUGUCAUGUUUAGUUUUGAAUUCUGUGUCUUUUCACAAUAAAAGCAUCAAGUUACUGUGAGAGUGUUUGUGUUCUUUCUGUUUAACUUUUCCACACGAUAAGAUGUCUGGGUGUCCCAGAGGUCUUCCAGGUCCAGCUGCAGCGUGAGAAACCCUCCAAUCAGAGCAGUCAGUACGUGGAGCUGGGACUCAUUCCAGGUAACAGCUCACCUGUGUCAGACAUUUCUCUCCAGGUGGAGAGUGACCCUCUUCUUCAUCAACUCUUCUUCAUCAACUCUUUGGACUGUUUGAAGAAACUCUCUGCUUGUAGUUCCUGCUGAUGUCACCAGAGGGCGCCAUGAUGUCACUCUCCAGCUCAGAGAUGAAAACAAACUGGGGACUUUGGGAUUCUUUCUGUCUCCUCCUCUUCCUCCUCCUCCUCCUGAUGAAGCUGAAACAGGUUGGUUGUUUUGCUGUCAGAGACACACACAAUAAGAUGUCUGGGUGUCCCAGAGGUCUUCCAGGUCCAGCUGCAGCGUGAGAAACCUCCAAUCAGAGCAGUCCAGUACUGUAGCUCCUCUUCGCUCCACUGAUCUCUUUAGUCAGAGUGUUUCUGGUUCUCCAGGAUUCUUUCUGUCCUCUUCCUCCUCCUGACGAAGCUGCCUGAGUUCAGCUAGAAACUGCUUCCUGACAGGUGGAGCUGUGACUCAUCAGGAAACAACUCACCUGAGUUCUUCUUCAUCAACUUUUCAUCAUCAACUCUUUGGACCAUGUGAAGAAACUGACCCAUCAGAGACCAGACCCUGCUCAACCUGAACACAGCUGUGUGUCUACGAAGAGUGACCGGUCCAUUGAGACACCACUACUUUAAAAACAAGGCGACCUGUAAGGGAGAUUAGAAUGGGGAAAAGGGUGAGGAAGCGAAUUCAAAUGGAGAGGAGGAGAAUUAAAAUGGAGGAGAGAAGGAAGUGUCGAAGACGGAAGGAAAGGGAGGAACUUAUUGAAAUAAAGCGUCGAAGACUUAGACUAUCUGCUGAUGGAAGGAUCCGGCAGCAGAGACCAGAGUCUCCUGAACCUGAACCCAGCUGUGUGUCCUUCAAGAGUGACCGGUCUAAGGAUUUACCUAAGACCUUCAAAGAAGGACAUCAUUCUGUUGAUCCAAGGAGAAAGCUGGAAGAACCAGAACCCAGCUGUGUGUCCAUGAAGAGCGACCUGUCUAAGGGUUUACCUGUGGCCUCCAAAGAUGGACGUCACUCUGUUGAUCAAAGAGUGGACCAGGAGAUCUCACAAGUUCCCAGUGGUCAGUCUGCUCAGCAGCAUCAAACACACCUGGACUCCAUAUGUAUGGGACAAAAGAUGGAGACACCUAAAGAAGUCGUCUUAACAACUUUAGAAGACUUGGGAGCUGAGGACUUUGAAAAAUUUAAGUGGUACCUGCAGCAGAAAGGGACCCUAAAAAACUUCCCAGCAAUCCAAAAGAGUAAACUGGAGAAUGUAAACAGGCUGAACACAGUGGAUAUUAUGUUCCAGACCUACAGUAUAAACACUAUUAAUGUGACCAGAAUAGUUUUAGUGAAGAUCGAUCAAAAUGAUCUAGUGAAGAAUUUAACAAACAUCAUCUAUGAACCUGCAGAGAUUCUUGCUGCGUGCCAGCGAAACAUCAAAUCCAACUUACAUAAGACGUUCCAGCUUGUGUUUGAGGGGAUUGCUAAAGCAGGAAACAAAACCCUUCUGAAUCAGAUGUUCACAGAGAUCUACAUCAUAAAGGGAGGGUCUGCAGAGGUCAAUACUGAACAUGAGGUCAGACAGAUUGAAACAGCAUCCAGGAAACCAGACAGACCAGAAACAACAAUCAGACAAGAAGACAUCUUUAAAACUCCACCUGGAAGAGAUGAACCAAUCAGAACAGUGAUGACAAAGGGAGUGCCUGGCAUCGGGAAAACAGUCUUAACACAGAAGUUUACUCUGGACUGGGCUGAAGACAAAGCCAACCAGGACAUCCAGUUCACAUUUCCAUUCACCUUCAGAGAGCUGAAUGUGCUGAAAGAGGAAAAGUACAGCUUGGUGGAACUUGUUCAUUUGUUCUUUAGUGAAACCAAAGAAGCAGGAAUCUGCAGGUUUGAAGAGUUCCCGGUUGUGUUCAUCUUUGACGGUCUGGAUGAGUGUCGACUUCCUCUGGACUUCCUCAACACUAAAAUCCUGACUGAUGUUACAGAGUCCACCUCAGUGGGUGUGCUGCUGACAAACCUCAUCAGGGGGAAACUGCUUUCCUCUGCUCGCCUCUGGAUAACCACACGACCUGCAGCAGCCAAUCAGAUCCCUCCUGAGUGUGUUGACAUGAUGACAGAGGUCAGAGGGUUCACUGACCCACAGAAGAAGGAGUACUUCAGGAAGAGAUUCAGAGAUGAGGAGCAGGCCAACAGAAUCAUCUCCCACAUCAAGACAUCACGAAGCCUCCACAUCAUGUGUCACAUCCCAAUCUUCUGCUGGAUCACUGCUACAGUUCUGGAGGACAUGUUGAAGACCAGAGAGGGAGGAAAGCUGCCCAAGACCCUGACUGAGAUGUACAUCCACUUCCUGGUGGUUCAGUCCAAAGUGAAGAACAUCAAGUAUGAUGGAGGAGCUGGGUCGGAUACACACUGGAGUCCAGACACCAGAAAGAUGAUUGAGUCUCUGGGAAAACUGGCUUUUGAGCAGCUGCAGAAAGGCAACCUGAUCUUCUAUGAAUCAGACCUGACAGAGUGUGGCAUCGAUAUCACAGUAGCCUCAGUGUACUCAGGAGUGUUCACACAGAUCUUUAAAGAGGAGAGAGGACUGUACCAGGACCAGGUGUUCUGCUUCGUCCAUCUGAGUGUUCAGGAGUUUCUGGCUGCUCUUCAUGUCCAUCUGACAUUCACCAACUCUGGAGUCAACCUGCUGUCAGGAAAACAAACAACAUCAACACAGUUCUACCAGAGUGCUGUGGACGAGGCCUUACAGAGUCCAAAUGUACACCUGGACUUGUUCCUCCGCUUCCUCCUGGGUCUUUCACUGCAGACCAAUCAUAAUCUCUUACGAGGUCUGCUGACACAAACAGGAAGUAACUCAGAGACAAAACAAGAAGAAAUGGAGUACAUCAAGAAGAAGAUCAAUGAGAAUCUGUCUGCAGAGAGAAGCAUAAAUCUAUUCCACUGUCUGAAUGAACUGAAUGAUCGAUCUCUAUUGGAGGAGAUUCAACAGGCCCUGAGAUCAGGGAGUCUCUCCACAGAUAAUCUGUCUCCUGCUCAGUGGUCAGCUCUGGUCUUCAUCUUACUGUCAUCAGAAGAAGAUCUGGAUGUGUUUGACCUGAAGAAAUACUUUGCUUCAGAGGAGACUCUUCUGAGGCUGCUGCCAGUGGUCAAAGCCUCCAACAAAGCUCUACUAAGUGUCUGUAACCUGUCAGAGAGAAGCUGUGAAGCUCUGUCCUCAGUUCUCAGCUCCCAGUCCUCUAGUCUGAGAGAGCUGGACCUGAGCAACAACAACCUGCACGAUUCAGGAGGGAAGCUGAUCUCUGUUGGACUGAAGAGUCCACACUGCACACUGGAGACUCUCAGUCUGUCAGGCUGUCUGAUCUCAGAGGAAGGCUGUUCUUCUCUGGUCUCAGCUCUGAGCUCCAACCCCUCCCAUCUGAGAGAGCUUGACCUGAGCUACGAUCAUCCAGGAGACUUAGGAGUGAAGCUACUGUCAGCGGGACGGAAGGAUCCUGUCUGGAGACUGGACACUCUCAGGGUGGAGCCUGCUGGAGUCAGAUGGUUGACACCAGGUCUGAGGAAGUAUUCCUGUGAACUCACACUGGACACAAACACAGUGAACAGAAAACUCAAACUGUCUGACAACAACAGGAAGGUGACAUGUGUGGAGGAGGAUCAGCCAUAUCCUGAUCAUCCAGAGAGGUUUGACUCCUGGCCUCAGCUGCUGUGUAGAGAUGGUCUGACUGGUCGCUGUUACUGGGAGGUUGAGAGGAGAGGAGAGGUUGAUAUAUCAGUGAGUUACAGAGGAAUCAGGAGGAAAGGAGACAGUGAUUACAGUUUGUUUGGAUAUAAUGAUGAGUCCUGGAGUCUGUUCUGCUCGGAUAGUCAUUACUAUGUCAGUCACAAUUACAGAAGAACAUCCAUCUCCUCCUCUUCUGUCUCUAGUAGAGUAGCAGUGUAUGUGGACUGUCCUGCUGGCUCUCUGUCCUUCUACUCAGUCUCCUCUGACUCACUGAUCCACCUCCACACCUUCAGCCCCACAUUCACUGAACCUCUUUAUCCUGGGUUUGGGUUCUGGUAUGGUUCUGGUUCCUCAGUGUCUCUGUGUUGUGUGUAGGACAGAGAGUCUCCUCCUGCUUCUCACUGCUGAUCAGUUGAGUCUGUACAGGAUCACACUUACAGAAAUAUUUCAGAUUAUUGUUAUGAACUAAUGAAUGAACUUUUGUAUGAAAUAAUACAGAAUGAUUGAACAGAUUCCUGGUAAACAUUGUAAACUUCUUCCACUUCCCGUCCUUUAAAGAUGGAAGCUGUGAUCAUCAAAUUGUAGAAAUGCCGUUAACGUUUCAUGUUUAGUGUUGAAUUCUGUGACU